AUGAAUGUGCGAAUCAAAGUUUGGGUACAAAAUUCUAUUUCCCCAAUUCAACUCUCCAUGUUUAUAAGAGACAAUGACUGGGACAAGGCUUCUAAACGAAGAAAACGCUCAGUCCCAGAUGACAGAGAAAUUGCAAGAUCGCAAUUUGCAGGAAAGAUCGUGGAUGCAUUGGCCUUGGAGCAAAUGUGGAAAGACAAGGGCGUGGCUUGGUUUGCUUAUGCGAACAAUGAGACUGCACACGACAACAAUAUAAUGUCUAUCCGAUUACUUGUAGCGGAUCGUUUUAAAUACGAGGCUUUUGACAACAGUUCAUUGUCCUUAACAAAGCCUGCAAACCUCACCGCAAUUUUGGUGCAACUGAGCGAAGCUGUUCUGAAUGGAACUCUUAAUUUGAUGAUUGAUGGAGAAAGCAUUGAAAUCAUGAAGUUGAAUGGUUGUUUGGAUUGGAAUUGCAAAGAACAUGCGUUUAAUAUCACAUCCUUGAAAUCACAAGACAGCAAUGCAGCCAUAAUGCACAGAGAAAUGUAUACCCUCCUGUUGACAUACUUUGUUCUUUUGGUUAUCAACUCCUUGUUUAAUAUAUCAUAA